AUGUCAAUUAAGUUUGUAAUAUGUUUGAACAAGCAGGGUGUUCUUCGGCUGAUCAGAGUUUUCGAGCCGUUCCCUGGCGAUGCCGCUAGUAACCAGUCCACAAUUGCGCAGAUAUACAAACUGAUAUCAUCAAGAGAUCAUAAACACCAGAGUAAUUUCGUUGAGUUUUCAGACUCAACUAAGCUCGUAUAUAGGAGAUAUGCGGGGCUUUACUUUGUACUUGGAGUAGAGUUACAGGAUGAAGAGUUGAUAUACCUUUCUCAUAUACAUUUGUUCGUAGAGGUGCUUGACGCCUUUUUCGGCAACGUUUGCGAGCUGGACAUCGUCUUCAAUUUCCAUAAAGCAUACAUGAUACUCGACGAACUCAUAAUUGGUGGCGAGAUCCAAGAGACCUCGAAAGACGUUAUACUAGAACGAAUCAGUUAUCUGGAUAGACUAAAUUAA